GUCAUUCAUGCAUCAGAAACUACUAAAAAGCAAAAUGAAAAGUUAAUCUAUGUAGAUUUUGCAUUGCAUUCCCCUCAACCAAGCAAGCAUCCAGAGGAACGAAGGACAAAUGUUAUUCAAUUUUGUAUUGCUUUCCCCUCAACCAAGCAAGCAGCCCAAAGAACAACAAAUGGCAUUCCCAUGAGAGAAAAAAAAAAUACUUGUAGGUGGGGCCACCCUCCCCUACCUAUAUAUACCCCUGUUCACGCCGUUCCCAAGACCACACCACCAGUCCAUCCAUCCUGCGCUGCGCUGCGCUCGUGACAAGCAUCGCAAGCAGCUCCUCCUCCUCCCCCUGUAGCCAACACCUUCCUGUUCCGGGCGCAGUAGCGGCUGUCGGCCCUCGAUCUGACGAGCCAUGACGAAGCACGCCGCCUACUCCAGCGAGGACGUGGUCGCGGCCGUGGCGGCGCCGGCGCCGGCCGGCCGGCAUUUCACGUCGUUCCAGGCGCUGAAGGGCGCGCCCCUCGACUGCAAGAAGCACGCCGCCGUGGACCUGUCCGCGUCCGGGGCGGCCGUCGUGGGCGGCGGCCCCUGGUUUGAGUCCAUGAAGGCUUCGUCGCCGCGGCGCGCCGCCGACGCCGAGCACGGCGACUGGAUGGAGAAGCACCCGUCCGCAUUGGCCCAGUUCGAGCCGCUGCUUGCCGCCGCCAAGGGGAAGCAGAUCGUGAUGUUCCUGGACUACGACGGCACCCUGUCACCGAUCGUCGAGGACCCCGACCGCGCCGUCAUGUCGGAGGAGAUGAGAGAAGCCGUGCGGCGCGUCGCCGAGCACUUCCCCACCGCGAUUGUGAGCGGAAGAUGCAGGGACAAGGUGCUCAACUUCGUGAAGCUGACGGAGCUGUACUACGCCGGGAGCCAUGGCAUGGACAUCCAGGGCCCCGCCGCCUGCAGGCAGCCCAACCACGUCCAGCAGGUCGUACACACGCAGGCUGAAGCCGCAGCUGUCCAUUACCAAGCUGCGAGUGAGUUCCUGCCGGUCAUCGAAGAGGUGUUCCGCACGCUGACGGCCAAGAUGGAGUCCAUCGCCGGCGCCAGGGUGGAGCACAACAAGUACUGCCUGUCCGUCCACUUCCGCUGCGUCCGGGAGGAGGAAUGGAAUGCCGUGAACGAGGAGGUCAGGUCGGUGCUCAGGGAGUACCCGAACCUCAAGCUCACUCACGGCAGAAAGGUGCUGGAGAUUCGUCCGUCCAUCAAGUGGGACAAGGGCAAGGCCCUCGAGUUCUUGCUCAAGUCUCUUGGCUAUGCUGGGCGCAACGACGUCUUCCCGAUUUACAUCGGAGAUGAUCGCACUGACGAGGACGCUUUCAAGGUGCUCCGCAACAUGGGGCAGGGCAUCGGAAUCCUGGUGUCCAAGCUUCCUAAGGAGACGGCGGCAUCCUACUCGCUGAGUGACCCUGCCGAGGUCAAGGAGUUCCUCCGCAAGCUGGCCAAUAAGAAGGGGGCGCGCCAACCAUGAAAAUGAAGACGACCUCGUGCAUGCAUGUAGCUAAGCUAGGCAUGGCGUGGACGAUGGAUGGAUGGACGAGCACAACAGCAAAGAGGCGCUUAUUAGCUACAACUACUGGCCUUUUUUGUUGUUUUCUUUUUGCUCCUACCUAUGCAUAGAUAGUAGUCUCUACUCUCUACUCUCUACCUAGCAACAACAACAACCUAGCUGAUGCGCGCAUGCAUGCAUGCAUUGGUCGUCGCUUACUACAUGCAUGGCCAUUCAGUGCAGUGCGUGUGUGCGAUGGCGGAGAAACAACCUAGCUAGCUAGCUGCUCGAUCGAUCGAUCGGCCUUGUCUUGGAAGAAGGCGGCAGGGAGGGGGUCCCUGUGUAACUGCUGGGGAUCCGAUAUAUCGAUCUGUCCUUCCGGCCGGCAAGAUCUUGUAAUUAGCCGCUGUGGUACUAGCUAGCAGCUAGAGAGAAAUGGAUAACAAAACAAAUAACAUGCGUCGUCGUCUUCGUCUC